UGAAAGCAUAUUUUGUAUAGAGCGAUAGAGGGUGUUUGCGUAGAGCUCUUGAAUGCUUGGCUUCCAUGCACAUAUAACCUUUAUCCGGAUGAUAGCGACAUCAAUUGACCAAUACAAUACAGCUCCAAUUUUGUCAUAUUGUCCAACGGCAUUUACUGCUAUAUUGUCAUAUAAUUCACCUCCAACUCCUUAAAUCAUUUCAUUUCAUUCCCAUCUCUCUUCCACCCACACUUCUAAAUUUCCAAAUGGGUUCAUCUCAAAAUGAACAAUCAUCAACCCAAAUACCCCAAAAUACAAAAAGUUCAUCUCUUUUUAGAUAUAAUUCACCUCUUGUACAAAUCAUCCUAAUUGGGUUUGUUUGUUUUUGUUGCCCAGGAAUGUUCAACGCUCUUUCUGGAAUGGGUGGUGGUGGUCAAGUCAACGCUACCGCUUCCAACAACGCCCUCACCGCACUCUACACAACCUUCGCCGUUUUCGGUAUUCUAGGUGGUGGCAUCUACAACAUCCUCGGACCCCACUUAACUCUUUUCGCAGGUUGUUCCACUUAUGUCCUCUAUGCUGGAUCUUUUCUCUAUUACAAUCAUUACCAGCAUCAAGCUUUCGCUAUUUUCUCCGGCGCCGUUCUCGGCAUCGGAGCAGGACUAUUAUGGGCUGCACAAGGUGCUAUUAUGACAUCUUACCCUCCGGUGAAUAGAAAAGGAACUUACAUUUCGAUUUUCUGGAGUAUCUUUAACAUGGGUGGUGUUAUUGGUGGUUUAAUCCCUUUUAUUUUGAAUUACCAUCGUAGUGACCAAGCUGCUACUGUUAAUGAUGGAACUUAUAUUGGUUUUAUGGCUUUUAUGUCACUAGGGGCAAUUUUGUCUUUGACUAUUUUGCCUGCUAGUAAAGUUGUUCGUGAUGAUGGAACAAUGUGUUCAAACAUGUUGUACUCAAAUGUUACCACUGAGUUAAUGGAGAUUUUGAAGUUGUUUUAUAAUUGGAAGAUGCUUGUGAUGAUUCCUGCAGCUUGGUCUAGUAAUUUUUUCUACACAUAUCAAUUUAAUCAUGUUAAUAAGACACAGUUUAGUUUGAGAACAAGAGGGUUGAACAAUGUGUUUUACUGGGGAGCACAAAUGAUGGGGUCGAUUGGGAUUGGAUACACUAUGGAUUUUAGUUUUAAGAGUAGAAGGAAGAGGGGUAUUGUGGGAAUUAGUGUGGUUGCUGUUCUUGGAUCUGUUAUAUGGGGCGGUGCUUUGGCUAAUCAGAUUAAACAUAGACAUGAUGAGAUUUUGGAUUUUAAGGAAUCUGGUUCUGGAUUUGCUGGUCCUUUUGUUUUGUAUUUUAGUUUUGGUUUGUUGGAUGCUAUGUUCCAAAGUAUGGUUUAUUGGUCCAUUGGAGCACUGGCUAACGAUUCUGAGAUUCUUAGCAGGUACAUUGGAUUCUAUAAAGGGAUACAGAGUGCUGGUGCUGCAGUAGCAUGGCAAAUUGAUAACCACAAUGUGUCUCCAAUGUCACAGUUGAUUGUGAAUUGGGUGCUCACAACAGUAAGCUAUCCGUUACUGUUAGUUUUGAUGGUGUUGGCUGUGAAAGAGGAUGAUGACAUUGAUAAGGUAGCUGAUCACAAUGGCUCUGCCUCUGCCUCUGCCCCUGCCCAUUGACCUUAUUAGUAUAUUCCUUUCUUGUCGUUACUAUUGUUACAAGUUUCCACAAUCAUAUUUAAUAGGGGACAUUAACAUUCAUUUAUGAUUGAUUAUGCACAACGAUCACAUGAUCUGUAAUUUGCAAAUCAUCAGAUCCAAAGUUUUUUUUUAAAUGAAUGUAAUUGCUGUGUAUAUAAAUUAGGCUGUCCAUUCCGUAAUUAUAAUUAGUAAGAUAUUUAAUAUGUUGGAGUGCAGUUUUAAAUUGGAA